GGGGGCAUUGAUAUUAUAGAGCCACUGUUUUUUCAUACCGGUUUGCUUAAAUCAAUAAUUACAUUCAUAAUUCGAUUUUUACUUACAUAACCAACUUCGAACAUUGAUACCAUAAACCGAAGAUAGAAUAUUAAUGAAAAAGAUCAUAUAAACAGCUCUUCAUUUACCUGUCGAUUAGGCUGCAUUCGUCUCCGCGGAGGAGACAGAGACAGCGGGGAUUGCACGGCGGAUGCUGCGAGAGCGAGCAGUCGAGUAGGCUACCAAGACACCUUACCACGAUGGAUGGAGUGACUUUUCUCUCCUUUCUUCUCCUGUGCUUGACCUCCGUUACCCACGGUAACAAAGCCAAUAAGCACAAGCCGUGGAUCGAGACGGAAUACCAGGGGAUCGUGAUGGAGAACGAUAACACGGUGCUGCUGAACCCGCCUCUCUUCGCCGUGGACAAGGACGCGCCUCUGCACUACGCAGGUGAGAUUUGUGGCUUCAAGGUUCACAGUGGGACCUCGGGCUCCGGUGCAGCUAAGUUUGAGGCGGUGGUUCUGGACCGGUCGACAGGGGAGGGACUGGUCCGCUCUAAGGAACCUCUGGACUGUGAGAACCAGCGAGAGCACAGCUUCACUAUCCAAGCCUAUGACUGCGGAGAGGGCCCUGAUGGGUCCAACAGCAAAAAAUCACACAAGGCCACAGUACACGUGCGCGUGAACGACGUGAACGAGUUCUCCCCUGUGUUUGUGGAGCGUCGGUACGAGGCGUCCGUGCCCGAGGGCCGCCUCUUCGACCGCAUCGUGAGGGUGGAGGCGCUGGACGCCGACUGCUCCCCGCAGUACAGCCAGAUCUGUUUCUAUGACAUCAUCACUCCGGACGUGCCCUUCGCCAUCGACAACGACGGGAACAUAAAGAACACGGAGCCCUUGGACUCAAAGCGUCAGAGGGUGCACACAUUUUGGGUGACCGCGUUCGACUGCGGCAAGAACCGCGCCCAGGCCGACGCCCAGGUCAUCGUGACCGUCAAACCGUCCUGCAAGCCCGGCUGGAUCGGGUGGUCCAAGCGUGUGGAGUACAUCCCAGGGUCCGGCAGUAUCCCCCUCUUCCCCAGCCUUCACCUGGAGACGUGCGAGGAGACGGUCUGGAACAUUCAGGCCACCAUCGAGCUGCAGACGGGCCACAUCGGGAAGGGCUGCGACAGGGACAGUUACUCUGAUAGGUCGGUCCGCAGGCUGUGUGGUGCGUUAAGGGGGGAAGCCGACUUGCUCCCUCCCCCUUCACCAGCAGCCAAUUGGACAGCAGCCCUCCCCACCCUCCCUUCCUCCGAUUCGUCGCUAAUCUUCUCCUUCAAUGGCACGAACCACGUUGCCGUUGUGCCAGAUUCGGUGGCCGCCACGGUGUCCGGUGACCACUUUACCCUCCAGUUAUGGAUGCGAAGAGGUGGAGCCAAUGCGCAUGCACCAACCAAUCAGGCGAGAGGGAGCCACAGGGAGGAGGAGACCAUCAUCUGCAGCACUGUCAGGAAUGAUGAUUCAUUCUCUCACUACUCCCUGUCAGUGCAUGGUUGCCGCUUGUCUCUGUUCUAUUGGCCUGAUGUCACUGCUGCCCGUCCCAUCAAGUUCCUCUGGAAACUGGAACAGGUGUGUGACAGCGAGUGGCAUCACCUCUCCUUGAGUGUCCAGUUCCCCUCCGUCACUCUCUACGUCGAUGGUGUGACCUUCGACCCUGCCCUCAUCCAUGACAACGGCGUGAUCCCCAACCCUGCCCCUCAUCAGCGUGUGGUCAUUGGAGCAUGCUGGGAAGAGAAACCAAAGGAUAUUGUGAACAACACUAUUCCUGAGAGCAAAGACACAGCGAAGUUUGUGGGAGGUUACCGGGGGCUGUUGUCAGGGGUGACCGUGCGCCCAGGCAGUGUGGAGCCCCACAGUGUGGUGGAGUGCCUGUACGCCUGCAGAGAGGGGCUGGACUUUGGUGACCUGGAAACGCUGGGAUCAGGGAUGAAAGUGCACGUAAACCCAAGCCAGUCUACGCUGGUUUUGGAAGGGGAUGAUAUCGAGAGCUUCAACCGCGCAGUGCAGCAGGUGACCUACAGGAACUCCCUCCGUUUUGCCACCCCUGGGGUCCGUCCUCUCAGGCUCUCCACCUCGCUCAGGUGUUUCAGCGAGGAGAGCUGUCUGUCUCUCAAGCAGCUCGAGGGGUACCUUGUGGUCCUUAAGCCCGACGCUCCCCAGAUCUCCCUGUCCGGGGUGGGACCCCACCUGGCCAGGCCGGCCCCUGAGUUUGAGGGGCCCCGCGGGAUCCCCCUGUUCCCUGAGCUGAGGAUAACCUGCUCACUGUCCCACACUGUCAACACCGCAGCGCAGGACAUGGAGGGAGGGGCUCUCAUGUCCGAUGCCGUGGCCCACACUCUGGAUGGCUGUGAGGUCCAGCCCCUGGGGGAGGAGUUAAACCCAGAGAGGGAGGAGCUUAUGGUGGACAUGGAGUCACUUAGAGAGAGAGGGCUGGACAUCAUCAACACGACGGCUUACAUUGCAAUCACAGGAGCCGAGUCCAUCUCGGUGUACGAAGACGUCCUGCGCUCCAUUCGAUACCGCCUGGCCAAGGACUCCGCCCGCUUCGAGAGGCGUUUCCGUCUGUCCUGCUCAGAGAUGAAUGGCCGAUACACGAGCAACGAGCUCACUUUGGAGGUGAAUUUCCUGCACUCCUUGGACAGUCUGUACCAUCCUUCACACCUCCUGGCCUCAGAGCAGCAGUUCCUCCACCCGUCCCACCACUCUGGAGAGCUGAGCGGACACGCGCUCCCCAGCUCCCAGCACAGCUCUGUUGUGCCAGGAGCAGCCACGGUUAUCAUUAUGGUCUGCGUGGGGUUCUUGGCUGUCAUGGUGAUCCUGGGCGUGUUCAGAAUCCGUUCCAUCCAUCGCCGCGGAGACGGGGUCAGGGGCGGUGAGAAGGAAGGUGGCGGCCAAUGGGACGACUCUGCGCUCACCAUCAUCGUUAACCCCAUGGAGACGUAUGAGUCGAGGAUGGGCGUGGCCACAGAUAUGGAGGGCGAAGACGAGGAAGAUGAGGAAGGGGUGGAGUCACCUGGCGAUGCCAGCGAUGAUCAGCAAAUCAUCAUCAAGAAGGAAGGGAGAGACUCUGCCCCCCGGCGUUACUAAGUCAAUCACAGCCUAGUCACUACACACAACCACCGCAGCACAGAGUAUACACUCAAACACGUACCACACGCAAGUAUACCACAGCAAAGACAACCAUAGAGUGUACAUUCGUAAGGACUAUGCAUGACGUGCACAAUGCUACUCAAAAUCAAUGUCAUCAUAUGCACAACCAGUGCUAACAGCUCAGCACUUGCUGCUCAAAACAUACUGAAUACCACACAGUUAGCCUACACUACACAUUAUUUAUCACUCAGUUCUUGACCACGGGAAAUAUACCUACAGAAAUGUCUGAGGCAAAAACCAAAUACACAACAUACUUACGUUGGGAGAAUUUCGAUUUUCUUUUUACAAGCCUUACCUGCCUAUUAUUUUCUUUCUAGUGUUUCCUGAAUUAUUGCUAUCUGUUUACAGUUCCUUUUUUCACGAAACGACUCGGGAAUCAUCUCUCAUGAAUAAUCGGACAUCGAACUGUCACUAAAAUGUUUCGAAAAAGUUCCUUCUAUUGCAUGUCUGACGGCAUUCCUAAAGGAAUCGGUUCAUGUUUGUUUGGGAUAUUCGAAGUUGAGUUGAGGAAAUAAAUGUUGAAAUCCUCAAAAGCAAAAACAUUUACGCAAAACAAUAAUAUGAAAAAAUAAGUAUUACACGAUAAAAUACAAAAGCAAAGAUAUUAACUACAACACACAAAUAGUUUAACACUGAUGCACAAUUUACACAUCCCUUUGCCACAAGAUACAGCACACGAGUAAUAGUAAUAAGGUGUGACACGUUGAUGUGGUUGUUGUAGAUGGUACAACACAAGCUAUGUUUGAAACACUUCACGUACACGGUCCUCACAGCUGAACAGUUCCACUGCACUGACUGUCUGCUACCCUCAUCACUACCCCCACUGUAUCCUGAAUGUCAGCUCAGCUUGGGCACUUUUGAUUGUACUGAAAUUUUGUAAAUACUAUUAUUAUUAUUACAGUAUUAUUACUAUUAUUUUGAUGAGCUGCAGUUCUCCCACUGUGCCUAUGUAGACAGAGGUGGCGCUCUCUCUCUCUCUCUCUCUCUCUCUCUCUCUCUCUCUCUCUUUCUUUCUCCCAUAACAGGGGAGAGAAAUAUUCAGUCUUAACACCGAUUCUUCCUUUUUCCCUCAUUUGAACUCUCACCUGUGCUGUUGGUUAUGGCAACGACAAUAAUAGUAGUAAUAGUUAUGAAUACGGCAAGCUUGCUUAGUGUCAGUUAAUUUGUAUGUAAGCAUUUGGACUUCUGUGAACUGAAAGGCACAUUGUUGUGAUAUAAUAGUGUCUCUACCUUGCUCCUUUGUUUCCCUCUUCCACGGCUUCUUAAUCCCCGACAUUUUCAGCCGGUCUUUCCCCUUCCCUCUUUCACCCGUUCUUCUCUCUGUUCACACUUUCCAAUGUUUUGCACCCUUUGUGUUUUGUCCAUGUAAUUAAAUGCUCCUUCUUCCUACAGCUUCCUUUCACCUCUUCCUGUUUACCUAGGUGUCUGUCUGUGUGUUAUUGUGUACAGUGAUGACUUGUCACUAAAUUAAGCCUGUGUUUUUUCAAUGUAAUAUGAAACUGAACAGUUGCAUUAAUAAUGUAUUAAUAUGACUAUGAUAAUUAUAUAGUACCCAUAAAAAACUCAUUAUACAAUGAUUGUGAAAAAUUAUUAUAUUGACCCAUUGUACUGAUAUAAAAUUCAUAAUAAAAACAUUUGAAUGAUGUGUAUAUGCUGUUUGUUUGUAUAUUGCCAUACACAAGCUGAUGGUAUCAUGUUACAAUUAAAUAAUCUAAUAAACUAUGGUGAACUGUU